UCUAUGAAUAAAGAUCGAUCAUAUCAUUGUAUAUUUGUAUGUACUAGAACUGUAGUUUAUAAAAUUGUACUAAUCCAACCUUUCACCCAUCCUCCCAAAAUAAUAAUCCAACCUUUCACGCAUUAUCCCCAAAUGAUAAUCCAAUCUUUCACCCAUUCUCUCAAAAUAAUAAUCCAACCUUACAGUUUAUAAACGCGUUUUUCGAGAUCAGGAGAUAUAAACCGUCAUUAUUACUUCGUAUAAUAAAACCAUUAUUAAAUGCCAUCUAACAACCCAUCAAUCAAAUCCAAUACCUUUAAAAAAAAAAAAAAAAUAAACUCACUUCACUAGUUCACUCUACCCUCUCACUCACUUAGCUGUAGGCAAAGAAAGCCACCCUUUUCUUCCUUUCUUUGUUCACCCGCGCUCAUUCCCUUCCCACCACCGACGAAAAACUAUCAAUCCCUUUUUCUUUCCAUUUUUCAUUUUCUCUCUCCUCCGCAAAAACCCUUCCUUUCUCUCUCAUCUAAAUGUAAACACCUUUUUUCUGGAAACGCAAUCACUUUCUCUUUCUACAAUCUGGGUUCAACAACAAGGUGGAAAUUACGAAGAAGCUUCAACAAUGGCGAAGCAUGGAGUGUCGGUGAUUACCUAUAAACUCCUCGCUUCGUCGAUUGCCGUUGCUCUUACUCUUUUAUUUUCUCUCUCUUCCUUCGUCUUCACUCAUAAUUCCGAUUUCUCCGAUGUUGCUACUUCUGGUUAUAAUGCUCAGUGGAUUAGUGGUGGAUCAAUUCGGAGAUCGGUGCUGGCACUGAAAUCUGAUCCGUUAAAGCCUCGUGUUGAUCAAAUUAAAAAGCAAGCUGAUGAUCACCGGAAUCUCGUCUUGGCAUAUGCAUCAUAUGCCAGGAAGCUUAAACUUGAGAACUCUAAGAUGUUGAGGAUCUUUGCUGAUCUUUCACGAAACUACACGGAUCUUUUAAGUAAGCCUGUUUAUCGUGCUCUAUUUGAGUCCGAUGCUCUCUCUAUCGAUGAGUAUCAGUUGCGCCAAUUUGAGAAGGAGGUUAAGGAGCGGAUCAAGGUCACUAGGCAAUUGAUUGCUGAAGCCAAGGAGUCUUUUGAUCAUCAGCUUAAGAUUCAGAAGCUGAAGGACACAAUUUUCGGGUUGAAUGAGCAGUUAACCAAGGCAAAGAAGCAAGGAGCAUUUUCAAGCUUGAUUGCUGCAAAGUCUAUACCUAAAAGCUUGCACUGCUUGUCCAUGAGGUUGAUGGAAGAGCGAAUUGCACAGCCAGAGAAGUAUUCUGAUGAGGGCAAAGCUCCUAUGCCUGCAUUGGAGGAUCCUAACUUAUAUCAUUAUGCCAUAUUUUCGGAUAAUGUUAUUGCGGCUUCCGUGGUGGUAAAUUCAGCGGUGAAGAAUGCAAAAGACCCCACUAAACACGUGUUCCAUGUUGUGACAGACAGAAUGAAUCUAGGGGCAAUGCAGGUUAUGAUGAAAAUGAAGGAUUAUAGUGGAGCUCACAUUGAGGUGAAGGCAUACGAGGAUUACACUUUCUUAAAUUCAUCUUAUGUGCCAGUUCUUAAGCAACUUGAGUCUGCAAAUUUGCAGAAAUUUUACUUUGAGAACAAAAUUGAGAAUGCUACGAAGGAUACUACCAAUAUGAAGUUUAGGAACCCCAAGUACUUGUCCAUGUUAAACCAUUUAAGGUUCUAUCUGCCUGAGAUGUAUCCUAAAUUACAUAGAAUUCUGUUUUUGGAUGAUGAUAUUGUUGUGCAGAAAGAUUUGACUGGGUUAUGGGAGAUAGAUAUGGAUGGGAAAGUAAAUGGAGCAGUUGAAACAUGCUUCGGUUCAUUUCACAGAUAUGCUCAAUACAUGAACUUCUCACAUCCCCUGAUCAAGGAGAAGUUUAAUCCGAAAGCAUGUGCAUGGGCAUAUGGUAUGAAUUUCUUUGAUCUGGAUGCUUGGAGAAAGGAAGGUUCAACCGAGCAAUACCACUACUGGCAAAACAUGAAUGAAAAUCGUACAUUGUGGAAACUUGGGACCCUGCCCCCAGGUCUGAUCACAUUCUAUUCGACAACCAAGCCACUUGACAAAUCAUGGCAUGUUCUUGGACUUGGUUAUAAUCCAGCCAUUAGCUGGGAUGAGAUCCGCAAUGCUGCAGUUGUGCACUUCAAUGGAAAUAUGAAGCCGUGGCUUGAUAUUGCCAUGGGCCAAUUCAAACCACUUUGGACAAAGUAUGUUGACACUGAAAACGAGUAUGUUCAGGGUUGCAAUUUCUCUCUUUAGUUGCUUUUCUUUGGAAAUAUUCACUGAAUAUUUGCUAGAUAAAGGCGGUCAAGUUCGUAAGCUUCUCAUCAUCACUUUCCACUCACUUGAAAAUCUAGUUACUUUCCAUCUGCUAUGUAGGAAAUUUUUGGUCAAUUGUAGAAUUCGUUCAUGCCAUAUGAUUUAGCACUCAAGCUCGGGUUUUUUUAUUAGCUGUGAUUUCCAAUCGAGGCAACUUGAUAAUUUGUUCAUGUAAAAUUUGACAGGACUAUAGUUCAGAAUUCAUGUUACACAACUAAAUGUAUAUUUUGCUCAUAAAUAUAUUGUUGCUCUUAUAAAUUACUGGCUCUAAUUCAUCAUGUUAUUUUUGG